AAAUUUAAUCAAUAUACGUUGGACUAAAACAUGAAAAGUGACUAGCAUAUUUCCAAAAACUAAUUCAGUAUUAUAAAGUUCUUAAAGAAUUUUUAUUUUCACAUCUAACAUAAGAGUGAUGUUAUGUAGACAUAGAAAAUUAACAUAUUUGCUCUUAUACUUCUAAUAUAUAGGUGAAUACCACACAUAUUAGUGGGACAUCUACAUUAAAAAUAUAUCAUCAAGUGUGUCGGAUUUUUGCGUUAAAUAACGUUAUUAAAAAUGAGAUUCAAAAUUAACUUUAGAAGGUUCAAAACUUUCCACUCUGGCUCCCGUCCAUUGGCAUGGGAAUGUAAAUUGCAAGCACACAAAGUUGAGAAAUUAUUCAGUGUGCCCGGAAUACGAGAUAGUAUACCACGUGUGAUUUUAUACGUGUUCCUCCACUUGUAUAAUGACAUAUGAUGUACCACCCGGUAUUCUGAGCACAUUGAAAAAUUUCUUCAACAAAGUUUAAGAUAACCAAUCGCCCAACAUAUAAGCAAACGGUCCUAGAUGCAGGUCAAGGCUACCGUGUUCAAGACUCCUAUCAAGUCUUUCGUCACUCUUUUCCACUCUUGACUUUUGAUGAAAGCCUCGUUCCAAUUCAUGCAUCCUUGCCAUAUAUUGACGUAUAAACAAUACGCUUUGGUAAAUUAGGAGAUAAAGUCAUGCAUCAUAAAACAGACUGAACAUCGACAGAGAGAAAUGGAGAGCAAUAUGUUUGUUAUUUUUGGUGUAUUUGUGGCAAUGUUUGUGCAAAGAGUGGCAACACAGAAAGUGCAUGUGGUGGGGGAUAACAUGGGUUGGACUAUUCCAGUAUCUGGGGCACAAGAAUAUUUAAAUUGGGCUGCUACAAACAACUUCACGGUUGGUGAUACACUCGUUUUCAACUUCAUCACCGGUGUAAACAACGUUGUCCAAGUAACGAAGGCAUCAUUCCACUCAUGCAACGAAGAAGAACGAAUUGGCCCAUCCCGCACAACUGGCCCAACAAACAUCACACUCACCUCCGCAGGCGACCACUACUACAUCUGUAGUUUUAGCAAUCAUUGCCAGGUAGGCAUGAAGCUAGCCGUCAUCGUAUCCAGUGCUUCCCCAGAAUUGCCACUGUCAAGAAUAGUGCUCCUCAUCCUUGGUGUAGUUUCUAGCAUACUUUUUUUCGCUUUCCUCCUAGAGAUUUUCCAACCACGACAAAAAGUCAAGUCCUUUGACUCCAACCAUGGGAAGACAAAGUCAACAGAGACCCCGGGAUCACCUUUACCGCUGUAUCUGUGUCGUUACUUUCCACUGGCUGAGAUUAAAAUCGCCACCCAAAACUUUAACGAUAAUUUCGUUAUUGGGGUUGGCGGGUUUGGCAAUGUGUACAAAGGGUGGAUUGACAGUGGUCUCACUGCUGUUGCUAUCAAACGGCUGAGACCAGAGUCAUCACAGGGGGCCCAUGAGUUCAAGACAGAAAUCGAGCUGCUUUCCCAACUCCGCCACCGCCAUUUGGUUUCACUCAUUGGUUACUGCUCUGAUAAUGGCGAAAUGAUCUUGGUUUAUGAUUACAUGGCACGCGGCACUCUCGGUGACCAUCUGUAUCGCACUGGUAACCUUAAACCUCUUCCUUGGGAACAACGACUCCAAAUUUGUAUUGGCGCAGCACGAGGGUUGCACUACCUUCACAGUGGUGCCAAGGGCUCCAUUAUUCACCGUGAUGUUAAGAGCACAAAUAUUUUAUUGGAUGAGAAAAUGGUGGCCAAGGUUUCAGAUUUCGGGUUGUCAAAAAUGGGCACGACCAACACGUCCAAAACACACAUCAGCACCGUGGUGAAAGGUAGUUUCAGGUAUCUAGAUCCGGAUUACUUUCAACAUCAACAGUUGACUGAGAAGUCUGAUGUGUACUCAUUUGGAGUGGUUUUAUGGGAGGUAUUGUGUGCGAGGCCAGCUUUGCUGCAUACGGUGGAAACUAGGCAAAUCAGCCUCGCUGAGUGGGCCAAGAGUUGUCAUGGAGACGGGACACUUGACCAGAUCAUUGACCCAAAUGUAAAGGGUCAGAUUGAAGUCGAGUGCUUGAACAAGUUCGUUGAGAUUGCUAUAAGUUGCUUACAUGAUAAGGGAGUCGAACGACCGUCGAUGAAUGAUGUUGUGAGGGGCCUUGAGUUCGCACUGCAGCUUCAUCAAAAGAGCAUUGGAAGUAAGGGUGAAAAUGGGGUUGCCCUUAUCAAUGACAGCGGCAACAAAACCAGUAGUACCGAGCAAAGUUGUGCUACCAAUGAAACCAAACAAUAUAUAUCUGUGACAAUCUUCUCUGAGAUCAACGAAAUGAAUGGAUGAUGAUGAGCAAAGUUUUACAAAAUGUGAGCAAUAUUCUAAAAUGAUAUCUCGAUAGGAUUUAUGUAUAGGUGUAUAUUGUUGGAAGGUAUUAUUAUUUAGGUUUAUUUUAAUGGUUGGUUUUUUGGGGCUUGCCCGCUAAUAACAAAGUUUCGUUUCCCUGCCUAUUUGGAUUAGGUUAGUUUUCUAUAUAUAUAUAUACACGAUACUUUGUAGCUCUAUAGAAUAAUAAGUCAAUUAAAAUGUAGUACACUGUGAUUUGUAGCCGCCAUUCUUUAUUUUCGGUUAAUAACCUUAAAUUCAUUUGA